UUAUUAGAAUAUGGACGGAUCGAAUAUAUUUUUGCAAGUUACAUUAAAAAGGUCAUCAAAUAUUACAAACUCAAACAAAAUCUAGUUGUGAAAGAGACAGAGUCAUCUUGAUUUGUUGAUUGACAAGACAAAUGACAAAUGAAAUGUCAUUCAGUCGCAAUAUGGCCGAUAGUUUAUCUAAAUACGGAACAUAUAAAUUGUGCGCGAAUAUAUAAUUUGCUAUUCAAAUGAUAGUUUGCUUAAUUUAAUGACUUAGUGAGUGAAGUGUCACGGCAUGUUUCCCCUUACUCCGCCCGUUGUAAAACGGCUGCUAGGAUGGAAAAAGGGCCCUGAGGGUUCGUCUGCAGCUGAAGAUAAAUGGUCGGAGAAGGCAGUGAAAAGUUUAGUAAAGAAACUAAAGAAAAGCGGGGCUCUUGAAGAAUUGGAAAAAGCUAUUUCAAGUCAAAACAGUCAUACCAAAUGCGUUACAAUACCCAGGGCUAAACCAAACGAGAACACAAUAAAUGGUCAAUAUCGUAAGGGGUUGCCGCAUGUUGUCUACUGCAGGCUGUGGCGUUGGCCGCAGCUACAGAGCCAGCAUGAACUAAAGCCAGUUGACCAUUGCGAGUACGCCUACCAGUUGAAGAAGGACGAAGUGUGCAUCAACCCUUAUCACUACAAUAAAAUCGAUUCGCCUGCGCUGCCCCCCAUUUUGGUGCCUCGUUGCGGCGACACAGAGGUCCGGGCGCCGCCCCCCUACACGGACUACCACCAGCACCCACCGCACCACGACCACCACCACCUCGACCAUACGGACGCGGUAAUGCAGACAGGGGGCGUGGUAGGUGUAGGAGUGGGCGUGGGCGCGCACAGUGCCAUGUACCUGGAGGCCACGCUCGCCCAGCAGGUGCCUGGCAACACCACCGUGCAUGUGAGCUCGUCAACGGUCGAGACGCCGCCCCCAGGGUACAUCAGUGAGGACGGCGACCCAAUGGACCAUAACGAUAAUAUGAAUCUAACCCGCCUGACCCCGUCGCCCCCAGGUCUGACGACUGAAGCGGCCCCGGUGCUGUACCAUGAACCAGCUUUUUGGUGCAGCAUUAGUUAUUACGAGCUGAACACGAGGGUUGGGGAGACCUUCCAUGCGUCACAGCCUUCCAUCACCGUCGAUGGCUUUACUGAUCCAAGCAACAGUGAAAGGUUUUGCCUGGGUCUCCUGUCCAACGUGAACAGGAAUGAGGUAGUGGAACAGACUCGUCGACACAUCGGCAAAGGCGUCCGACUCUAUUAUAUUGGAGGCGAAGUGUUCGCAGAAUGUCUGAGUGACUCGUCGAUAUUCGUGCAGAGUCCGAACUGCAACCAGCGCUACGGAUGGCAUCCGGCGACCGUCUGCAAAAUACCGCCUGGCUGCAACUUAAAAAUCUUCAACAACCAAGAGUUCGCGGCGUUGCUGUCCCAGUCGGUGUCACAAGGGUUCGAGGCAGUGUUCCAGCUCACUCGCAUGUGCACCAUACGUAUGAGCUUCGUCAAAGGAUGGGGCGCCGAGUACAGACGUCAAACAGUAACAUCAACGCCAUGUUGGAUCGAGCUACACCUGAACGGUCCCCUGCAGUGGCUGGACCGGGUCCUCACGCAGAUGGGAUCCCCUCGCCUGCCCUGCUCCUCCAUGUCAUAAGCUACACGGUUAUCUUCAACAAAAAACAAUUAAAAGAACAAGAAUAAAAGUCAUACUCACUCACUUAUUGUACAGUGUUAGCUCAAAACAAUGAAUACCUCGUAUUUACCCGACUGUUUCUAAAGGAGGGUAAUGUUUUUUGAGUCGUAGGUUAUUUAGAGACCCCACGUCCUUCAUAGAUUUUGUUAUUAAAAGUAGAUUUUUCACUAAAUUUUAACAUUUUAUAGGCAGAGUUGUAAAUAACCUAUCCAUCUGUUAGAUUUGCUUCGAAGAUAUUUUUUAACUAGUCAUCAUAAUUCAAUAAUUUUUCAUUUACAUA